AGCUCGAACGUUGAGAACGGCCACGAUGCAGCAGCCCCCGCCGCCGCCAGGCUCGACGCCGUUGGGCAAUUCAGGACAGCCAGGUGAUGGAGGGCCGCAAGCAGGACCCCAGAGUGCGAGCGCGCCAGUGCCACCACCGCCUACGCUGCCUCCACAGUCAGCGUCGAGUGCCAGUGUAAGCGGAAGUAAGCGCCGGCGCAAGAACGACGACGAGGGACCAGCAGAGCCGCGACGGCUGCGACGGUCGCAUGAGGCAUGCGCGCGGUGCAGGAGCAAAAAGAUCAAGUGCGACUCCAAAGUGCCUCGAUGCACGGCCUGUGCGACAGCAGGAACGCCAUGCCACCAGGAGGACAGACAGCGGCAGACGCUCACCCCUCGUGGGUACACGGAGCGCCUCGAGCGUCAGGUUGCGCAGAUGAUGGCCCUGCUCAGCCGCCGCAUCCCCAACUUCGAUCUCAACAACCUUGACAACAUCGCUGCAGCUGAAGGCAUUGUUAUUCCUGACCACAAUGGCGACCCUAACCAGUCUCCGUCUCCAUCCCAGAGCCAGCAGCACCCGCCUCACCCGGGUUACCCCCCGCAUCCGCCCCCUAUGCCGUACCCUCACUACCCAUACCCGCCGAUGCCCCCCAUCCCGCCCCCGGGCUUCCCCACCCCGCUGCACCCGUAUCAGAUCCCCUUUCCACCGCAGCCGCCUCAGCAGGCUCAGCCACAGACGCCACAGACGCCACAGAGUGCGUCCCAGCAGCCCCAGCAGCCAUCCAAGGACAACGGUCCGGCGCGCAUUCCUGGGCAGGAUCCCGAUGGCAACGACAUGAGCCAUCCCAUUGCUAUCGCUACUGCAUUCAAGGUCGACCCCAACAUCCAGGCCAAGGGUACCAACGCAAAGCCGCCCAACGACAUCGGCUUUGGGCACGGUGCGUUCCUACACACGCCUGCUGGCUUCGACCCCGCUGCGCCCCCGCGCGAUCUGUCUAAAUGGGUCGCCGUGAGCGUACCUCCCGAGGACGAUGCACCCCCGGGCACCCAGCCGAAGCAGCUCUAUCUGCCUGCCGACAUCCGCACCGUCCGCCAUGUGAUCGACGUCUACUUCGACCGUCUCAAUGUUCACCGGCCCGUCUUUGAACGCUCGGAGUUUGACGACCGUGUCAUCCAACUGUAUGCGGGCAUUGAGGGCGCUGAGAGCCUGCGCUUCAUCUCUGCCUUCUUGUACAUCCUUGCGUUGGGCACGAUGUCCGAGCUUAACAAUAAGCCUCUCCCGGUUCCACCUACAUGGCCGCAGUACGACGAGUUCUUCCUGCGCGCUAUGGCCACUCGUCCGGAUUGGCGUAUGACGCUCAGCUCCCUGCAAGCUGCCGUCCUCCUCCACUGGUAUCUGUACACUGACGGUCAGGGUUCUGGUCUUUGGCGCUUCGUGGGCUCUAUUCUGCGCUACGCGAUCGAGCUUGGCCUGCACCACGAUCCCUUCUCGCAGCGGAACCCGCAGACGAACAAGUACACGUUCACCAUCGCCGAGUGCCGGGCGCGCGUGCGGCUCUGGGGUAUCGUCCUAAUACACGAUCGCGGAACGAGUGUCAUCUUCGGUCGUCCCCUCGGCAUCCAUCCCGACGAGACGAACACCCCGAUGCCUGUGCCCUACCCGGACCCGACUCGGGAGAUCGCAAGCAGCCACUUCUAUCUCAGUCAUGCUGUUGCCGAUAUCCAGAAGGAGAUUAUCCUCAAGCUUUAUGCCCCCAAGACGCCCCCGCGCUCCGCGCCUGAGCUGAUCGGGAGCGCGAAGGCGAUUCUAGACAAGAUGGAGACUAUACUUCCUCAGUCGUUCCGUGAUUAUAUGGGUGGUACGGAGAAUUGGCCCGUUGAGCGCAGGCGUGAUCUCGUGAAGAGCAUCUCGACGGACAUUGGAUUGACGCUGUUGAAAUGGGCCAUCGCCAAGAUCUUCCUCCUUCGCGCCCUUGUUGCGAGCAGCACGACGGGUUACAAGGACAAGGUUCGCGCCCUGCAGCCUGCCGUCGUCACCGCGCACAACAUCAUCGUCGUGCAUCACCAGCUCAUCAAUCAGCCUGACAUCUCGUUCUUCACCUCUCCAUUGCCGUUACAGACGGCAGCUAUGGUGCUGCUCUAUGGCUGGAUGUCCCGACGCGUUGAGGCCGUCACUCGCGAAGUUGCGUUGGAGGAUGUUACAAUGGCUCUCGAGGGUAUCCCGAAGUUCAGGUGGAAGUGGGAACGCAAGGACUUCCCUCGCCCGCCGCCCAUGAUGGUCACCCUUGCGGAGAGCGUCCUGCAAGUCAAGCUGGAAGAUGCGCCUGCGCCGUCGGCUCCGGGUGUGCUGUGGCAGGAGCAAACCUUCAACGAGAACCUCGUGGUCAACAGCCCGGACGCUGCAACCAGUCCGCAUCAGCAGCAUGCCGGACCCACGCACGGCGCUAUGCACAACCCGAUGGCCGUGGACUCGCCUUCGAUCGAUGGUGUCAUGCACCAGGUGCAAGGAAGCCCGGUCCUUCAGCAUGCCCCGCAGUCGCAGGAUUGGGUCAGAGUCAAGCUCGAGCGCGAGUUUCCUGCUGGCCUCCUCUUCCCCCAGUUUCAUGUUCAGGCGGGACCGGACCAGGCCCCAGGCAACCCUCCGCAUCAAGGUCGUUCGAUGCAUCGCUCACCGGCGCUCCCGCCGCGCCUCAUUCCACGCCGUGCAUCUGACGCAUCGUCCUCACGCCGUGGAUCCGAUGCGUCUCCUAUGCCGGCGGUCGCCCCGCGCGUUCAGGGUGGCUACGUUGCUGAGAUGCCGCCCGACGUGCACUACGGUGGCGCGUAUGAAUAUCACCAUGGGGGCCAGGGAAGGUACUACGACGAGGAGCGUCAUCUGCACUACUACCCGCAGAUGCAGUACCGUGGCGCGCAUCAGCCUCCUUGGAACCCCAUCGCCUGA